AUGGCUGACCCCACCAAAUCCCCACCACUAACACGGCCCUCCGUCAUCGCCGCCCAUGGUCUCAUUCGAGAGCACAUCCACUAUACACCAGUCCUCACAAACACAACACUCAAUGACCUCGCAUCAACACCUCAAUCCGCUGCCGCUCUAGCAGAUACGCCAUGGGCAGGUCAGACGCCAGCGAACUCGAAGCUGCGCUUCUACUUCAAAUGUGAGAACCUGCAAAAGGUCGGCGCCUUCAAGGUGCGGGGUGCGUUCCAUGCCUUGAAGAGGUUGAUGGCUGAGGAGGGCUGGGAGCAAGGCGGCGGUAGGGAGAAGGGUGUUGUUACACAUAGUUCUGGAAACCAUGCCCAAGCUCUCGCACUCGCCGCCCGAACCAUGGGCAUCCCGGCUCACAUUGUAAUGCCUACAAUUUCUACUCCCUCCAAAAUAGCAGCUACAAAAGGCUACGGCGCAAAAGUGAUAUUCAGCGGGAGCACAAGCACAGAGCGUGAAGCAGUAGUUGCAGAGGUAGUGAAAGACACAGGGGCACGCUUGGUCCCUCCAUACGACCACCCGGAUAUCAUGCUCGGCCAAGGAACACUGGGUAUAGAGCUACAAGAGCAAGCCGAAAAGAUCAUUGCUGCAGAGGCAGGCAAAUCAGGAAAAGGUCUCAAUGCAAUUAUUGCCCCUUGCGGAGGUGGUGGCAUGCUAUCCGGCACAGCACUCAGUUGCGAAGGAACAGGCAUAUUCGUCUUUGGCGCCGAACCCGGAUUCCAAGGCGGCGACGACUGUAAACGUGGCUUGGAGCAAGGGAAGCGCAUCGAGACUGUCAAGACCCUCACCAUCGCCGACGGACUUCGCACGCCGGUAGGAGCAUACCCCUGGACAGUCAUCCAUGAUCGCAAACUGGUCAGGCAGAUAUUUAGUGUGACGGAGGAGCAGAUUAAGAGGGCACUGAGGCUGGUGCUUGAGAGAAUGAAGGUCUUUGUGGAACCGAGUGCGGUGGUUGGGCUGGCAGUUGCGUUGUAUAAUGAGGACUUCAGGAGGUUGGUUGAGAAAGAAGGGGGUGCGGAGGGGUGGGAUUUGGGGGUUGUGUUUAGUGGGGGGAAUACCAGUGUGGAGUUUCUAUCGAAGCUGUAUGCUGUCAGUGAGACUGAGGCGGAGAGGCAGGGUGGAGUGGUUGGCAUGGAUGGGAAGAAGACUGUAGAGAAUGUCGCUGGGUGAAUUCAUUGCUAGACUAAUAUCGAAGUCAACUUGAUACGUUCUCAAAAGUUUACCGGUUUGAGAUUGGAUGACUCAAGAGUCACAUCUUGGCUUUCAAGGCAACAUGAUGCGUGUGUGGACGAUAACCAACUCUUGAGCAGACACUAGCUAAGCGCACAGUGAACUAUACCUUAAUAAUACAGUGCACAGUAAUUGUGGACUAAAUUCACAGUAAAUGAGCAAUGUUCAUGUAGGAAAUAGACC